GAGGGCAGAGAGGGCCUGCUAAGGCAGGGACACGGAUGGGGGAAGUCCCGCCAGAGGUCUGUCCCCCAUGCCACUGAGGACCAGGAGACUGGAGACUGGGAUUCCCCUGGGGAGUGGUGGGGGGAGAGGCCACAGGUGCCCGUCUCUCAGAGGAAGUGGAAAUUAAUCAGAAGGCCGAUUCCUCCAGAAAGAGGUCUCGCCUUCUCAGCCCUUUGCACACUUUGGGGGGUGGUUACGAGGAUGAAGAGGACGAGGAGUGGUUUGUGUUUACCUUUAAUUAUAAAAGAAGUAUGAGCUUUUUAAAAAUUCAGAUCACAGAAAUGUAUAAAGUGAAAAAUUUGAGAGCCCUUAUCUGCCUUCUCCUGGACCCAUUGCUCAGAAGUUAACUAACUGUGUUUGUCAUCUAUUCUUCCUGCUGUUUUUCUAUUCCUUUCAAAUAUCUCCCCCCCACCCGAGAUCUGUAUGCUUUUUUCCUUAAACAAAAAUAACAUUAUUUGGUAACACCGGUCUGCAAGCUGUUUUCGCUCAGUGUCAUAGAGGACAUCAUUCUAAAGCUGGCAAUUUAAAUGCAUUAGAGCCUUGCGUUUCCAAGAACCCUUUACAGAUUAUUUUGAAGAAUAACAUCCUUAGGUUACGUGAAUAAUCAAUCCUAAUAUCUCCGUAUAUUGAGCUCUGCCUCCUCAGCCCUGCUGCUUAGGAUUCAACUGCGAUGGGGGAAACUGCCGGGCGAGACAUCUAACGGAAGCCCAGUGUGAUUUCUGCUUUGUUUUUGUUUUUUUAAAUCAUCACCAGGGGAUUUUUUAUUUUCAUUGAUUUCAGAGAGAGUGGGAGGGAGGGAAGGAGAGAGAGAGAGAAACAUGGAUUGGUUGUCUUCUUGCACACACUCCCCAGGGGCCCUGCGUUGGAUCUGCAACCCAGGUAUGCGCCCUAACUGGAACUGAGCCCAAGACCUUUUUGGUGACAGGACGAUGCUCUAACCACUGACCCACAGUAGUUUGAGAUUGGCAAUGAUGGGAGUUUUUACGCCAUGGAAAACGGCAAGUGCUACAAAUCCGGGUUUGAUUUGUUGACUGUUAAUGUGUACCUUGUCUGGAGCCUUUACAUUGUGAAUGGCACAAAACAUUGAGAAAAUAAAUGUUGGGUUACUGUCCCAUUCAGCGCGUACUGAAUGGGAUAGUAACCCAACAUUUACCCGUGGUCUGGUUUUGACACUAUUGUUGGUGGCUGAAUUACAAAAACAACUUGGAUCUUGCAAAGCUCAGGGAAGUUAGAGCUGCAUGGAAGUUAGCGUAAAGAAUGCUGCGGGACAGCCCUGGCCAGUCUUCCCAGUGGGUUGGGCAUCAUCCCGUGAAAGCUUGCUGGUUCGAUUCUGGGUCAGGGCACAUGCCCGGGUAGUGGGCUCCAUCCCCGGCAGGGGGCGUGCAGGAGGCAGCCGAUGGUUGUCUCACUCUCCCUUUCUCUCUCUCUUAAAAAAAGAAUGUUGGGGAAACACUCACGUUCGUCCUUUCCCAGGCACUGAGCUGGUCCGGGGUCCGCAGGGAGCGUGGCCCCUCGCCCAGUAAAGCAGAAGCGGGCAGGAGAUGGACUGCGAAGGGCCCGCCCCAGAGCGGCCGCCAGGGGGCGCGCGGCACCGGGAGCUUCGCGCUUUGUCCCUCCGCGCGGCCGGUCGCCGGGCGCCGCGGCGGGAAAAUCUGACUGCGCCGGCGUGUCGCCCUGUUGACGCACUCGCGCGUCCCGGACCCGCCGCGGUGAUGGAGGCGGAGAAGGAGGGGGCCGAGGAGCAGCAGGGACUCUUUUACCGACAGAGGCUGAAGGCAGCCGUCCACUACACCGUGGGCUGUCUUUGCGAGGAGGUUGCCUCGGACAAGGAGGUGCAGCUCAGCAGACAGACCAUCGCGGCGAUUUCGGAGGUGACCUUCCGGCAGUGCGAAAGUUUUGCCAAAGACCUUGAAAUGUUUGCAAGACAUGCGAAAAGAAGCACAAUUAACACGGAAGAUGUGAAGCUCUUAGCCAGGAGGAGUAAUUCACUGCUAAAAUACAUCACAGAGAAAAGUGAAGAGAUCACUAAGUUUAAUGUAGAACGAAAAACAAAGAAGAAAAAGAAAUUGGAGGAUGAAAACAAAGAUUCGUUGGAGCCAGCAGAGGCUGGAGGAGUGGGCAGUGAGAAUUAAACUCUGUUACCGCUUGGACAAAGCAGCCUCAGCAGGGAGAGCCUCCGAAAACGCAUAUUGCCACCAAGGGAACUUGGAAGGGAGAAGAGAUUAAACAACAAAAACAAAAAAAGAGGCGAGGGGGCCGUUUGUGCUCUUUCUCCAAGUCAGUGACCGCAAACUUUAAAAGAGAAUGGGAAAGGCAAGCAGAAUGCUCCCAUCCCGCGUCACUGAAGCACAUGGAAAGGUUCGUAUUUCAGUGGUGUGUGUUGGAAGUUGUAUCUAUUGCAAUUAAUAAAAUUGUGUUGGCAGUUAAA